ACCAGGGGUCGGGCAUGAUUCCUGAUGGUGCCGAAACUCCAUGGGCGUACAGCAUUUCUCUAUUCACUAGAGCAUCGGCCCAACGCGGAGCGAGGCUCGACUCCUACACUAGCUACGGCGCCGUCAGCUAGCGCUCACGGGCGCAGCAUCCAUCCACCAAAAGGACACGAGCGGGUUUCCACUUGAUCGGGUUUUUGGCUCUUUCCAGUUUGUGUCUAAAGUGAGAGGGGCCGGCAAACUUCUGCGGCAAUGUACGAAGGAAUGUCCACCCCACCGAGCGACAAGUUGACGCUGCUGCGUCCUCGCAUGUCCGACUCGGAGGCCAAGACGUUGAGUAAUGAAAGCCGGCAGUCGUCCAUCUCGGUUGGACACGGCGCUCCGCGAGAAGAUGACCAGGAGGAUGCUCUGCGUAUCCCCAUGAUGCCUCUAAUGGGUCAAGGAGCAGCCAAAUCCGUCGCAUCCAGCGUUGUAUCGCGCCUCAGUGUGGGCUCCCACUUGUCGCUCAACCAGUUGGCCACAUCACACGGCGGACAACUGCGCAGACGUCCACCGUCCACCAUGUCCAGCAAGAAAAGAUCCUUUUACAAUGCGAAUUCCAACGUCGCACUGAGAGGCAAAAUGCCGCAUGUGCCGCGUCACUGGCUCAACGCACGUUUCCGACACAAUACGUUCUUCGCUCGACGGCUCCUGCACACAGGUUUGCCGUUGGCUUUCGUUCUAGCCGCCGGGUUGGGCUUCUACUACUUCUACAAGCCCGACACGCUCGUGUUGAACCCAGACAUGCCAAAUGUCCACGGAUUCACGUUGAACUCGCCGAAUCUCGUGUACUCUUUCCAGGCCACAAGCUGCGAAAACGUCGUGGGUUUUUCAGCGUUGAUUUAUCACACGCUGCCAGCCGUGAUUUUGCUGUGUUUGCCAGGGUCUGGGUGGCGACUUUUUGAGCCGUUUAAGCGGGACGAAGAGUUUUCACCCGGGUCUAGUGGCACCCCUGGCGCACAGACGGGAAAAACUGAUGUCGAAACUGGAAAUGGGGGAAUGGACCUGGACGAUGACGAAGAGGACAACGGCAACCUUACCAAAAUCAAACGCCGAUUGGUCUUCCAGUUCUGCGAACUGGUGGCUGUGCUCUUGUUGCUGUUCCAAGCGGUUGUAGUCAUGUUUUUCCUUUACAUGUUCUUCAAAGGCGGCGUUUUUUCAUGUGAUAUUCACGCGGUGCAAGUAUUUGCACUCGUCAGCAUGGUGUGCUUCGUCUGGAUUUUCACCGAGUUGCAGUAUUUCGCACGUUUCAGAGAGCACGUGAAAAUGUUGCUAGGCGCUUUCCAAGAGAGCGACCAGACUGGUGAUGUACGCAACCACGUCAUGGAUCCGGGUGUUGAUCAGCUUAUGAACCAGUCGGAUAAAGCUCUAGCUGUAGUGCGUAAAAGGUUGUAUAAGGCCACUCGCCAAGGGGAUCUGCGUGAAAUGCGCGAUAUCUUGGACUACGCGGAAGCUGCGGGAUUGACAAGUGAGGAGCAGGGAUUCCCUCGCAAAAGCUAUGCUCCAGCGUCACUAUUAUUGGGCUUCUUUGCGCAGUCUCGAAAGAACCCAGUGCAUGUUGCAGCCUAUCACGGCAAUAUCCGCGCUUUAGAGCUGCUGGAAUCUCGAGGAUUCGACGUCACAGCGAUGGACAAGUUCAGUCGUGUGCGCUUCUCGACUGGAGAUCUCUUCUGGUACUUUGCUCGGUUCUUCGUGGCUCGCCCCGGUGUAGAUGGAGGCGGUAGUGACGACGAAUCGGCCGCGUCAAUCUUCCGUACGACGCUGGUCACACCGCUACAUUGCGCCGUAUCUACUGGUCAAUUGGAAGCUGUACGGUGGCUGCUCUUACGUGGUGCUUCGGCACGCACACUGGCACGAUCUUCGUACCGUUCGGACCGGGUACCGCCUCUUUUCCUUGCCGAACACCCGGACGUCGUCCGUGAAUUGCUUGUACAUGGUGCUGAUCCUCUUGCCGUACCCGACCCAGGAUUUAUGAACACUUUAACGGCACUGCAACUCGCGUAUCUUCGUGGCAAUUACGCGGUAGCCCAAGAACUGGAAGAAUGGGGUGGCGACGUGGCACUCACACCUUUCCACUCUGCUGCUGGACGGAAUGACGUGCUGGCUGUUCGGAAAUUCUUACGGAAAAAAACCGAUGUGGACUGUUUGGGUGAAUUAGGCUACGUGGGCCUUAAUCGAAGAACCCCGUUGCAUUGGGCGGCAGUGAGUGGGGCCUUGGAGGUGGUGGAUCUGUUGGUAGAAGCAGGGGCAGACCCGAACUUCCAGGAUGCUCGGGGACGCACGCCGUUGCAUUGGGCUGCAAGACUCAACAGAACGGAUGUAUUACGCUCGCUUCUUGACGCUGGCGCCGACCCGAAACUUGUGGAUUUGGACUAUAUGACCCCGUUAAUGUGUGCUGCAUCGGGUCUUGAUGCCACACGCGAGGUUUUCAGUGUACUAACGUCUGCAGGUGCAGAUAUCAACUACCAGUUGCCAACUACAGGAGAUACUGCUCUGCAUAUCGCUGUACGGGAGGAGAACGAGCAGUCAGCACUGGCCAUUCUUGCCAAUGGUGGAAAUCUCAUGAAGAUGAACAUCGAAGGCUUACGACCACUGGAUUGUACGACGUCGACGCGGCUGCUGUUCGAGAUCAAACGAGCUGCUGGCCAACGCGACGUGAUGAUCAGCUACACUCACUCACAUGCUGAGUUCGCUAAGAAAAUCCGCAAGGCUCUUGAAGAUGCGAAUGUUACGACCUGGUUGGAUUUAAUGGACCCAAGUGGCAUUGGUGGCGGCUCUGUAUGGCGUGAGGAGAUUGCGCGUGGUAUCACCAACGCCGCUGUGGUACUGUGUCUUCUUACUGAAGACUACGCGCAAUCUGAAUGGUGCUUGAAGGAAUUAGCACUGGCUAAACAGGUCGGUACGCCCAUCUUGGCCGUAUCGACAGAAGGUGUGAGUAUUGGUGAGGAUCUACAAGUGUAUCUGUACACUCGUCAGCUUAUUCCAUUCGAGCCUGCAAUCACCCAAACCAGACGCAAUAGCACCAACGUGCGGCAGAUUGAGUACGACUACGAUGAAGCCAAGUUUAAGGCUCAAUUCCGCUUACUGCUUGAUGGCGUACGCGACGAAAUUGAGAAGAAUCGCGACGCUGUUCAACAGAAAAAUAUCGCUAGCAGUCGCCGUAAUAACGGGUUGAAACAGACUGCUACUGGGACCAUCUUGGCGAAUACUGGAGGUGGAUUCUCUCGGCUUUUCCAGCAAUGGGACCCCGAAGCCAGUGGCGCGCAGAAGCAGUUUGUCUUCUUAUCACACGGAGACAAACACGCAGGGUUCGUGCAGCAAUUGUAUCGCGAACUUACAGACGCUGGUGUGGUGUGUUAUGGAGACCGUAACGUGGAAGGCCAACACUUUGAGAACCGUAUCCACGCUGCGCAAGAAGCUAUUUUACGGUGCACAUGCUUUAUUGUGAUUUUGUCCAAGCAGACGAUGAACAACGAGCUGGUACGGGACCAAUUAGCGUUCGCAGAGGAUAAAGGACGCCCUAUUUUCCCUAUUACGCUAAACGAUCUCGAUCCGGGUCUUGAUAAGCGCUACUCGCUUGCUCGUAAUGAACUUUUCCACUUCAUGGGCAACGGCAUGAGCUUCAAGCCCAGCGCGGACCGGCUCAUUCAAGGACUGCGGCGUUACUACAUUGCUCGUGACGACAACCAAGGCACGAUGCUGGACAACAGCACACGGAUCGCCAGCGCCAACACGUCGUUCGUUUCGUUCACGUUCAGUGAGCCGGGCACGAGGGACCACGACCGCGAGGCCGUAGGUGAACCGAUCAUCCAGGAAGGCGCCGUGUUGCGCGAGAGCCCCGACUUCCCUCGCACGAGCAGUGACGAACCCAGUAGCGAGGCGGAAUCGACCACAGUCACGCGCAAUUUCGAGUCCAUCUCGGGCAUCGACGACGCCCAGUUGGAUCUUUCCAGCACGCACAUUCGCAUGUAGACGACAGAAGGUGUAACAGUGUACAAGAUAAAAUAAAAAUACCAAAUGCGUUAUCGAUAUUAUCGAUACUUCAACGUCGUCCUCGACGGUAAACGGAA